UUAGGGGGGGGAGGAGGGCCAAGGGCGCGGGAGCUGCGGCCCCCGGCUGAGCUGUGCUGGAGGAGGCUGCAGUCCGCAACUGCGGCGGCGCCAAGACGGCGGGCAUGGUGGGCCGGGAGAAGGAACUCUCCAUCCACUUCGUCCCCGGCAGCUGCCGGCUGGUGGAGGAGGAGGUAAACAUCCCCAGUCGUCGGGUCCUAGUUACAGGUGCCACCGGCCUUCUUGGCAGAGCAGUUUACAAAGAAUUUCAGCAGAGUAACUGGCAUGCCGUUGGCAGUGGCUUUCGAAGAGCAAGACCAAAAUUUGAGCAAGUGAACCUGUUGGAUGCUGAAGCAGUUCAUCACCUCAUUCAUGAUUUUCAGCCUCAUGUCAUAGUGCAUUGUGCUGCAGAGAGAAGACCAGAUGUUGUUGAGAGCCAGCCAGAUGCUGCUUCCCAGCUGAAUGUGGGUGCCUCUGGGAACUUAGCAAAGGAGGCAGCUGCAAUUGGAGCAUUUCUCAUCUAUAUUAGCUCAGAUUAUGUGUUUGAUGGCACCAAUCCCCCUUACACAGAAGAAGAUAUACCGAGUCCCCUGAAUCUGUAUGGCAAAACCAAAUUAGAUGGAGAAAAGGCGGUCCUGGAGAACAAUUUAGGAGCUGCUGUCCUGAGAAUUCCCGUUCUCUAUGGGGAAGUGGAGAAGCUGGAGGAAAGUGCUGUGACGGUUAUGUUCGACAAAGUGCAGUUCAGCAACAAGUCAGCCAACAUGGACCACUGGCAGCAGAGGUUCCCCACACACGUGAACGACGUAGCCAGUGUGUGCCGGCAGCUGGCAGAGAAGAGGAUGCUGGAUCCAUCCAUUAAGGGGACCUUUCACUGGUCUGGCAAUGAGCAGAUGACCAAGUACGAAAUGGCGUGUGCAAUUGCAGACGCCUUCAACCUUCCCAGCAGCCACUUGCGACCUAUUACUGACAGCCCUGUCAUAGGAGCACAACGCCCCAAAAAUGCUCAGCUCGACUGCUCCAAAUUGGAGACCUUGGGCAUUGGCCAGCGGACGCCAUUUCGAAUUGGAAUCAAGGAGUCACUCUGGCCUUUCCUUAUUGACAAGAGAUGGAGACAGACCGUCUUUCAUUAGUUCAUGUGUUGUAUAUUUUUUUAAAUGAAAAGUAUAGUCUGUGGCACUUUUUCAAGAAUAAAGGAAAUAGUUUUGUAUGAGUACUC